AACAGAAGGACCGGAGGCUCUCACCCUCCUUGUCUCAUUUCCUCUUAGACCAGAAACCAAAAACUUUAGAAGAUGUCUGAUGCUCUCUGUAUUGUGGGUUCGUUGUUUGGCUCAUCAGAAGGACAGCAAGAAUGUGGUUCCUGUUACCUGAUAAACAUGGAAUCUGUAAUAGGCAUUAUUGCCUCUGACAUCAUCUUGACCAUCUUCAUCACUAUUUCUGUAUUUUGCUUUGCGACUCAUCAGAGGAGAAAGAGGGAAUGGGAAUCACACAGUGGCAAAAGAAGUGUACCAUCAUCAAUUUCAAAGAAAAUGGCAACAGAGGUCACAGAAUCUCCAUACCAGGAGUUACAUGGAGUCCAGUCAGAUGUUUACAGUGAACUUCGGCACUAUAGGAAAUGACUGAAUAACAUAAAACGUAUCAAAGUGCUGACAGUGUCCUGUUUGUAAUU